AUGGAGCAAAAGGCGGACCAGGAUACAUCGUACGUUACCAUGGCAGAUAUCUUACAAGAACAGGAAGAGCUGGAAGAAACGUCACGAGCGGUUCUCGGUGGGUCAGACGAAAAGAAUUGUACCUACUCCAAGGGAUACGUUGGUCGUCAAGCGCUGUACGCUUGUUUGACCUGCGUGCCAGAAGCGCGAGGCGUUGAAUCGAAACGCAGUGGCAUUUGUUUGGCCUGUUCGUUGCAGUGUCAUGAUAAUCAUGAACUGUUAGAGUUGUACACCAAGCGGAACUUUCGUUGCGACUGCGGUGGCAAACGUAUGCCGGAUGUGAAAUGCAAGCUGGAACCACGGAAGGAGGAAGAAAACGAGCGCAAUCGCUAUAAUCAAAACUUCUCCGGACUGUACUGCGUCUGUCACCGGCCGUAUCCGGACCCGGAAGAUGAUGUGGAUGAUGAGAUGAUUCAGUGCAUCGUCUGCGAGGAUUGGUACCACAUGAGACAUCUGGAUGUGGAUAAACCAAAAAGUGCGAAGGAUUAUGCGGAAAUGGUUUGUGGCGGUUGUAUGGAGGCGAAUCCAUUUCUGAAGAAUUACUUCGGUAAGAUAAACGACGCUUACAAAACGGUGCUGGAUGAUACGGUUCAGGUAGAUGUAACUGGUUUGGAUGAGUCAAAUGCGGCUGCCGAAGCAGAUCCAGAUGUUGCAGGACCGAGCGAACCUAAACAACGCCGAUUGAACGAUUCAAAGGUCCCGGAGGAAGAACUAAAAAAAGUGGCAUCAUUAAUUUCGUUGGAUAUUUGCACCAUGCCACCAAUCGUCACCGGUGACGAGUGCAAACCGUCGUACAAGAAAGGCGCAUCGUUUUGGGUUGAAGGUUGGCGUAAGUUCCUUUGCCAGUGUAAGGCAUGCGUGGAGCUAUACAAGCAGCAUGGCGUUGAGUAUUUACUGAACGAAAAGGACACGGUGAAACAUUAUGAAGAAGUUGGCAAGCAAAGGCACGGCACGGAUGGAACGUCGUACGAACAGGGCAUGCAAAUGUUGGGUCAACUGGAUCGUGGCACGCAGGUUGAUAUGCUCACCGAGUACAACCGCAUGACCAGCAGGUUGCGCGAGUUCCUUGAUCAGUUCGUGGCGAACCAGCAGGUGGUGACGCGUGACGACAUCAAUGAGUUCUUCGCCAAACUGAACAAGGAGCGCCGUGAAACUGCCACCAGUGGUCCUCCACCUUAUUUCUGUCGUUAA